AGAGAGAGAGAGAGAGAGAGAGAGAGAGAGAGCUCGCGUCACGCCCGAGGGUUAAACGUGUGCAUACCUAGUCUCGGAGCGUCCAGCUGAUCGCGGUGACUUCGUCAACGUGCUAACAAAGUGACGAACAUGUUACUCUGACAUUUUUAAUCAUUCGCGAGUGAAAAACAUAGAACAGACAAAUCAAAAGAAAAAUAAAAGAAAAGUAAAGAAAAGAACAAAAAAAAAAAAAAAAACAGAGAAAUCGAAACAAACAAUUUUAUCAUCCAAUGAGACAAUAUCAAAAUGACACGACAAAAAACGAAAUUAUUUUUACGGGCUGAACGGAACACGAGAGGCAGCGGUGGCGGCGGCGGCAGCUCGAUAACGACGACAGGCUCGUACAAUGGCCAGCGAAAGGAUAUCGGGUCGAUACAGAACAUCAUUACCGGUUCCGGGUCACUCAGAGGUAAAUCUCUGCUCGGUAUUGUCACUGGGCAAGGACCUUAGCAAAAUCACAAUGCCUGUUAUAUUCAACGAGCCACUUUCCUUCCUGCAACGAGUCGCAGAGUACAUGGAAUAUGCAAAAUUAUUGAAGCAGGCUUCCGCUGAACAGACACCUGUCGGCAGAUUACAAUACGUUGCCGCUUUUGCCGUAAGCGCUUUGGCUUCGAAUUGGGAACGUCUUGGAAAACCAUUCAAUCCGUUGCUCGGUGAGACGUACGAAUUAACCCGUGAAGAUUUUAGAAUAGUAUGCGAACAAGUCUCUCAUCAUCCACCAGUAUCGGCGUUCCACGCUGAUAGCGAUGAUUUCGUUUUUCACGGUAGUAUACAUCCUAAAUUAAAGUUCUGGGGUAAAUCGAUAGAAGUACAUCCAAAGGGUAUCGUCACGGUCGAAUUACCCAAAUGGAAAGAAGCGUAUACUUGGCAGAACGUUAAUUGUAUACUUCAUAACGUAUUGGUUGGACAACUUUGGAUGGAACAAUUGGGAGCCCUUGAAAUUAAACAAUGUGGAGGAUCGAAUUUGAAAGCUGUGUUAACUUUCAAAAGUGGAAGCUGGAAUGGCAAGGAUUUACAUCGAGUCGAAGGCUUCAUAAUGGAUCAAGAAAAAAGAAAGUUGGUAUAUUUGUAUGGGAAAUGGACCGAAAGAUUACGUUCCUGUGAUCCAUCCUUGUACGAGGAUGCUCUAGAAAAAUUGAAAAGGGAUGCUAAGAGUCCGCAAGGUAGUCCAGGUCACAAAAAAGUACUUGCCAAACUUCACAGUCUUAAAGUUGGGGCUUUCAAACCGUCUCAUCAGGAUGCUAUCGACGAAUCAUCUACAAGUAUAGAUGGCGAGGACACACCAAUGAUCGACGAAAUACCAAACUCGAAAACCCUUUGGGAAGUUUCACCGAGACCUCCGAACAGUUCUAACUACUUUCAAUUCACUACAUUCGCGAUGUCCCUGAACGAAAUAGAAGCAACCAUGAAGGAGGAUCUAUGUCCGACCGAUUCAAGAUUAAGACCGGAUAUUAGAAAAUUAGAAAAUGGCGAUCAAGAUGGUGCAGCUACUGAAAAGGCAAGACUUGAAGAGAAACAACGUGAUUCUAGAAAGAUGAGGAAACAAAAGAAAGGACAGGAAUGGAUGCCCAAAUGGUUUAGAUGGACAGUUAAUCCAUACACGGGCCAAGACGAUUGGUUGUACAAAGGAGGCUAUUGGGAUCGUAAUUACACCGACAUCGAAGAUAUAUUUUAAUAAAUACUAGAACAAUGAUUUCGACAAAAACGAAUUUAAAAAAAAGAGAAAGAAAAACUAGGCCGUGUAAAAGCAAGGAAAACGUGUUACGUUUGAUGCAUUUGCCAUUGUGGCCAAGAUUUUGUUGUUGUUUCUUUUCUCAGAAAAGAAAUUAAUCGACGUUAAUAUUAUUUGAUUGUGAGUAAAAAUUCAUGUUGUUGAAGGCCAAUCAGCCAAAUUACGAAAAAAGAAAAAAAAAAGAAAGAAAGAAAGAAAAGAAAACGGCUGGUACGUGUAUGUACGUGUAAUUAGAUAGUAAUUCUAGAAAAGAAAAAAAAUAUUAGAAUACUUUAAGGAGGUGUAAGCAUCUCGUGAGAGAGCAAAUAUUUAAGACAAAUUUCUCCAUUAGUUUUCAUUAUCUUUCUCCCCUUUUUUUUGUUUGCUAUUCCGAUAUUGUAACAAUCUCAUGAUUGAAACAAACCUCUGUGAGAGAUGAACUCGAAAAAAGAGAAAAAAGAGAAAGGAAAGAAAAGAUUAAUUAUAAAAAAUCAAUGAAAUUUUGCGAUCUAUACAAAUUGUGUCUGCUUACGCCGUGUAUAUAUGUAUGUGUGUAUAUAUAUAUAUAUAUAUAAUAGAUAGUCGAAUUUAACAUGGAGGAAAAACAUCUUUAACGUUUCCAAUGAUCAUAAUCAAACUCUAAAACGAAAUUUUCGAGCUAAACCGCAAUUAUUCGAUCUUGUGUAUAAUUAGAAUGCGAGCUUACGCCUCAUAGAAUGAAACGA